GAUGACACUUAGCUAAUAAUGAUAAUUCGAUUUUGAUCUAACUCAAAUGACAUUACCCAAAUUUUAUUCAUCAAAUUUAUCUUUAUCAAAAUACAUAAUAAAUAUUAUACGAAGUAAUAAAUAUAAUAAUAAAAAAAAUAAAUAAUAAAUAAACAAAAAAACCCUUGAUCAGCAUAUGAUGUGUCAGCAAUACAUAAAAUAGUAGGUGGGUGACGCAAUAAAUUAUGAGCGGAUACAGGCUUACAGCACAAAGAUAAGUAAUGGAGGCCAUUUUCCAUAUUUUGGACAUCAUAAAAAGACAACCAAAGUGGAAAAUUGGGUCCAAAGAACCAUGAAUCCAUGAUAGCACCAUAGUAGGCCUAAGGCAGUUGCCACUAUAUCUUCAGUUCUCUACCAACCAUGUUGUGAGGGAAUAUGAAUGGAUCAUUUGGAGCAUAGAGAGUGGAUUGAAUCAGCAAACAAAGGCAAUCCACUUUGGUUAGGAAAAUCCUCAUAUUUUAGAAUACCAUGUCUAGAUGAUGGGGAAUUGAUUCAGCUUGCAAAAGAGAACUAUGAGCUUCGACAAAAGGUUUAUCAGAAAGAAUUAGGAGAGCUCAUAAGGUGGUCCAAGAUUUGCGGUCUUAUGGAUAUGGGCUUUGCUCGAGAGAAAACUACUUAUUGCUAUUUUGCAGUUGCUUCGGCUACUUCCCUUCCCUAUGAUUCUUAUGUUCGACUUAUUGUGGCAAAGAGUGCCGUGCUUGUAACCAUUUUCGACGACUAUUUCGACAUGGUAGGAUCACUUGAUGAACUGCAAAUCCUUGCAAACGCAGUGAAAAGAUGGAAUAUCAAAGGCUUAAAAAGUCAUGGCAAGAUCCUUUUUGAUGCACUCGAUAGUUUUGUGACUGAGGUAGCAAACAAGUACUUUGAUCAAUAUGGAAUCGACAUAGUAGAUAAUCUUCAAAAAAUUUGGCAUGAGGUGGUUGAUUCAUGGCUAACAGAAGCAACAUGGAGCAAAACAGGGCACAUUCCGCCGAUGGCUUCCUAUUUGGAAACCGGCAUGAUAUCAAUAGCUGCGCACAUAUUAGUGCUUCAAGCUUCAUGCUUUCUUAUACCGAGCUUAUCCCCUCACAAACUUAAUCCUUUUGAACAUGAAUACAUUACUAAACUCCUUAUGAUAUCAUGUCGUUUAUUGAAUGACUUACAAAGCUACGAGAAAGAGGUUAAGGAUGGCAAGAUCAACUCCGUACAUAUAUACAUGAAAGAAAAUCCAGAAGCCAAUAUCGAAGAUGCAAUUCAUUACGUCGAAAACCUACUUGAAGAAACCAAAAUGAAGUUGCUAGAACUAGCAUUGAUGGAUGGAAAUGAUGUUGAAGAUUUGCCAAAGCCUUGCAAGAGGCUACACUUAACAGCCCUUAAAGUCUUUCAAAUGUUCUUCAACUCGGCCAACCAUUUCGACUCUAAGGAUUCCUUGUUAAAUGAUAUCAACAAGGCAAUCUUUAUUCCAUUGGAACCUCACACUUCUCUUCAUCAUUCAGAGCCUCAACCUCUACUUCCCCCUCCAAAGAAGCCGCGAUUAGUGAUCAAUUCGUAUAACAAAGUCUCGAUGAAGUACCAUGGCCCGUGGAAACCAAAUCAUCGAUUUCAUUGUACUUUCCCUGCAAUAUCAACUGGAAGUCGUCGGAUGGUGCCUUUGAUGAAGGUUUAUUCAUCAAAGUUCAACUUCUUUGUCACCCAUUAGAGCUGGAGUAUAAGGAGAAAAUUCAGCAUUAAAGCUGAUUGUAUAUAAUAUAUAUACCACUACAACACUGGGGUCUUAUAUAUAACAGUUUUUAUAAGAAUGGAAGUAGACAUAAUUUACACAAACACUAAAUUUUCUCCUUAUUAAUUUGUGUAAAUGUCUACUUGAUAACAAUUGUUUGUAUUGUACUGUGGUGCCUUCACUCUAAAGUUCUACUUGUAUAUAUAGUGUGAUGUAUCUUAUC